ACAAAUGUCGGUAGUUGUGUGUAGUUUGGCUCGUUGUGGCUUUUAGGAAGGGCAGCCCUCUGACGCAUAUUGCCCAACUAAAGCCAACGACGCAGCUAGGCCCUCUCCAGUGACGCCAACUGAAAGGGACCGGAGGGUCUGGAGCGCAGCGCCGCGGACUCUGAGCUACGAGAGGAGACUUUCUCUGUUUUAUUAAAUAUCUGCUGAUUUAAGAUCAUGCCCAAAGUGAAGAGGAGCAGGAAGCCGCCGCCAGACGGCUGGGAGCUGAUCGAGCCCACUCUGGACGAGCUGGAUCAGAAGAUGAGGGAAGCUGAAACAGAGCCGCACGAGGGGAAGCGUAAAGUCGAGUCCCUGUGGCCGAUCUUCAGGCUUCAUCACCAGCGGAGCCGCUACAUUUUCGACCUCUUCUACAAAAGAAAGGCCAUCAGCAGAGAGCUCUACGAAUAUUGUAUAAAAGAAGGCUAUGCAGACAAGAACCUAAUAGCGAAGUGGAAGAAGCAGGGCUAUGAAAAUCUCUGCUGUCUUCGAUGCAUUCAGACACGUGACACCAACUUUGGAACCAACUGCAUAUGUAGAGUGCCUAAAAGCAAGCUUGAAGUGGGUCGUAUCAUUGAGUGCACGCACUGUGGAUGCAGAGGUUGCUCUGGAUGAUCAAGAUCUUCUGUUGCCAUUUCUGGGACGUUAGGGCUCAUUACAUGUUGACAUACUUGCUUUUAAAACAGUCUGUGGGUUUUCAUUCCAGAUUGCCUGUAUGUGAUUGUAGAAAUAGUCAUUGUUUGUGUACUGUGUGAAUUUAAUUUUUUUAUU